UCGGGAACUUUCGUUCGCGUAUUUCAGUCUCCAUCUCUACCAUGUACUGUACAGAAUUCGGACUUUGGCGCAAGUGGAUUAAAGUGCACGAAAUUGAGGCGGAGGGCAAGAGAGCACAACAUUACAGAAAUAGGUGACGACGGUUGUACAAAGACAUCAAUAUGUUGGCGCGUACUUAAGGUUAAGGACGCACUCUUCAGUGUAUCGUGCCGUCCUCUCGCUCGGUAUAAAUCACCGCGCAGUCAUCGUGGAGGCAUUGGGCGGGCAGAUCGAGUCUCGAGGAGCUGAAGAGUACUUUCGUCCGUGAGAGAGGGAGAGAAGUACGCAGCGAUGGCGAGGCCUGGUUGUUGUUUGAUUCUGACCAUUCUGGUGCUUCAGCUGUCGAGCUCGUUCACGGAAGGAGCGAAACUGCGGAUCUUGGCUUUUCAUCCCUACCUAUCGACUGCUGAGGCCACGUGCGCCUCGAUUCGGACGUGGAACUCUGCCAUUCUCAACCUCGCGGAAUUUAAUUGUUUGACAGCCCCGUUCACUGAACAAGGCGGGAGGAGCUGGUUCUUGUAUCCAAAUAACCCCAACAGGAUCGAGGAAAGUAUAGCAUAUGUUAUUGACUACAUGCACAAGACUGGACCUUACGAUGGAGUGUACGGCUUUUCACAGGGAGCUAUGAUGGCUGCCUACAUUGUUGCAGGGCAAGAAAAGAACAUGGUCUUCGCUGGCAAAUCAUUUUCGGGCCUUCCUCGUCUGCGCUUUGCAAUUUUACACGAGGGAGGGCGGUUAGAGGGCGUUAUCGAUGAGGUGUAUAGUACUCCCGUCAAGGUUAAAACACUCCAUUCGAUCGGUAAAAAGGAUGCACGCCGUUGGCUAGAAGAGGAAUGGCCUCAGUAUUUUGUAAAUCCGACAGUCGUGCGGUCUGAAAUGGAGCACACGUUCUUGACCAACCAAAACAUGGAUGCAGAACUUGUAUCAACUAUGGUGAACUUCCUUAAGAAUUCUUGAGCAUGAGCGGUAUCGGGAGCAAGAGGAUCGAUUUUCCAUCGACCAUGAAAUGAAGUUCCGGUUUGUAUAUGUCGACCAGCGAAAGAUGUAAUGAAACUUGUCAUAUGGACAAUAAGAACACGCCAGCUCUCCUGAUUCUCACGUUCUGAUAAUGAAAAUCAGUUGGCGGGGUAGGACAUAAAUUGGCGCGUUACGGGAUUCGAAGGGGGAAAGGCGAUACGUAGAGCAAAAAUACAGCUUUCACCUUCUGAUCUCUGCAUAUAAGAGACUUACUGAGCUUUCGACGGCUUUUGUUGCGUCCCAAAUGAAGAAUAUAUGCUUUAAGCUUGUAAAUCAAAGACCUCGUCUAAGAAGCUGUUGG